AUGUGCUCUCGCCUCCGAGAGACGACGCAACGACAACAUCGACCUUCAGCGGCAGUGGACCGUUCUUAUCAGCACGAGCUGCUCGAUGGAAAAGGAAGAAUGUCGACAGCGUACAAGCAUCUCUACUCGUGUGUCACGUUUUUGAUUUUUAUACUUGUGAUAAAUUUUUAUAAAAACCGCAUCCAUGUUAACCGCGAGCGCGAAGCUUCUGUUCGUGCAGCUACGAAGCUGAAGCGCGCUGGGGCCCUCAACAGACCUCUGCCUCUAGAAGGAACUCUGGACGAUUUGUUUGUGGAAUAUGGCUAUCUGAACAAAGGGAGAACGAGUGCAUGGCUUUGGGAUCGUUCGAAGCAAUACCCAGGACGAUGCCUGGAUGUAGAAGUUUUUUUCGUUCAAACCUUGUCUAGGUCACUAGGGCAGCAUAGAGCGUAUGGGCCAGAAGGAUUGCAUUACAGAAGCACCGUCUUAGUAGAAAAUACCAAGAAAAAGGAUACAGGACAGACCGAUGAGAGUGUUCCCAACUCUUCGAUUUACGUGUUCCUCUCGGUGCUGCUGAUUUUGGUUUUUGCUGCCGGUUUCGAUAUCGCCAAGCACCUCACCGCUGCUAAGUGUAAUUCAAAGGAAGACACCCAGCGACGCCUGUCGUUGCAAAACUAUCAAGCACUGAUACGGGAAAAGCAGAAACAGUUCCGAAUGAUGAAACAGCAUUACUCACAACCAUCGAUGAGCAUUCAACGCUCAAUCGACGAAUCUGUCGUACCAUAUAGCGGAUUCGCGCGGAAGGAAGAAUCAUCAUUUGUGGGCAUUACAGGAAUACAACAGCCGACCAAAGAAGUUCCCGCUCCAUUGCUGAGAAGACAAUCUGUACCGACGUUAAUGCGUACUCAGCCGGCUUCAGUGGGAAGCGCCUUCUCUACAGCGUCUGUUGUCGCGCCAUUUGGACGUCGAACAUCGGUGGAUUCAUUCUGGGAAACGGAUCUUACGGCCAAAGGUGUGCCACCUCCUGGGAACGGAUCUCCGCCUGAAGUACGGAGACGCGUGCGUAUGUUGCACCGGCACUAGGAUGAUAAUGCAUUUUUAGCCCAUGUCAUAAACAGAUUGAUCAAUUAUCUUAAUCUUAAAACAUCAGUAAUGAUCUCGCACCGAGAGUUACAAAAGUGUACGAAUAAUGUGAACUAUUCGAUGUGAUCUCUUAUAUAGUAAUAUUUGUAUAUGGAUGUAACUUAUAUGGACUUGUGAACGUGAACUAUGACUUGAAUGUGAAACUAUGUGAAUGAAAACUUGUACAAUCGAAAAAAAUUCGAAAAAGAAACAUUCUAUUUUUAUCCCUACUUCAUACGACAAAUACGUCUAUUUACAUUUUAACAAACAAUUGAUUAGAGAAGAAAAUUUGGAUGUACUUUAAACAAACUUGUUAGAAUUUAUUCUUCAAUCUAUGAUCCGACAGAUGGUAACACGCUGUUGCAUUGCAUAAGAUUUAAACGAUCAUAAAUGCGUAGUGCAAUAUUCUUAUAUAGUGGAAAAUAUUUAAUAAACAUUCACUCGCUCACUAGGUGUAAUAGGACUAAUACGGCAGCCCAAACUACCUACAUAUAAAGAUAAAUUGAUCAAUUGUAUGUGCAAUAAGCAAGGACAUUAUUCGGAUUAUUUUCAUAAUUUUUAAUUUCCUCUGAUAUGUUAGAAAAUCAUCCUAGUUUUUAUUUAAAGAAGACCGAUUCUGCCAUGCUGCUUUUGUUGUUUGAAGUAAGAAAAAGUCCUAUCAGUAAUUUACGUUAAGUUUAAUUUAGUACGUAAAGCGGUAUGAUAAUUACCACUUAUUAAUAAUUCAAUGUAAUUCAGAUAUAAUUGCUACCGGAUGUUUCUUCGUAUCAGCCAUUGAUGUUGAAAAAUUGUCUAUUCCAACAUGUAGUACAUCGUGGGAACUGGUCAGGUGGUAAAAUCUAUCCUGACCUUUAAUAUUGAAUAAUUAGGAACAUACAGAAUAUGGUAUCAAAAUUGGCUGUUUGUUAAACGGUAUGAUGUUCUUAUGAUUAUGAUUUAAUCAAAUUUCGAUAUCAAAUGAAAUGCACAGUAAGUUAAACAUAGUAAUUAUCAUCGUGAAAUAAAGUAUUUUCCUUAUAAAUUGCCGCAAUUUUCAUAGACGACAUAGCAUCGACAGAAUAGAGCACUGAUUUCGCUAAAACACUAAUAGUUUCCGACCAGAAACACAUCGAACUUAUGAAUGGUAGAAUGAAACCAAGAAAUAAAUAAU